UUGUCAGAGUGUAGCGUCCCGUCACGGCGGGCUGUCUGACGUGGCGUCCCGCUGUGUCCCGCUGUGUCCUGCAGGGACAUGCUGGAGCGCAGCCGCAGGACGCAGGGCGCCCAGAGGAUCAACGCCAUGCUGCUCGCCAUCGUGGUGGCGUUCGCUCUGUGCUGGCUGCCGCUCAACGUCUUCAACACGCUGUUCGACUGGCACCACCAGGCCCUGCCCGACUGCCAGCACGACGCCGUCUUCUCCGCCUGCCACCUGACCGCCAUGGCGUCCACCUGCAUCAACCCCGUGGUGUAUGGCUUCCUCAACAGCAACUUCCAGCGCGAGCUCAAGUCCACGCUGCAGCGCUGCCGGUGCGGGCGCCGCGCCGCCGAGAGCUACGAGAGCUUCCCGCUCUCCACGGUGGGCAGCGACGCCGUCACCAAGGCGACCUCGAUCAAUAGGGCGGGCUCCAUGUCGCCCAGAGCAGAGAUCGGCUCCGUGGUCCCGCUCAAAUGCGUCCCCGCCAACAGCUUCACCCUCUGAGCCCGGCAGUGCACCCGCCCCCCAAAACUUUCCAGGCACAGUCAGACUGUCCAGGAGCAGGACGUCUCCAGGAUGGACUGCAGCUGAUGGCGCUCCGGGUCUCCGAGCGGGACUGACCGUCAGUCAGCACAA